CAGAAGCCGGGACACAUCGGCCGGGUCUCGGCAGAUGGGAGGCGGAAGACAAAACUCGGCGAGAGGCGAGCAGCUCCUCUCCGGUACCACUUGCUUCUUUCCGAGUCGAGGCUCAGUCUGAGAAGCGGGAAAUUAAAAAUAAAUAAAGCGGACGCACUCCAGUGUUUAAACCUCUUAAAAACUCGUCGUCGGACUACACUUCAACACAAGCCGCCAUGUCCGCUAAAGCCAUCUCAGAGCAAACGGGCAAGGAGUUCCUGUAUAAGCACAUCUGCACCUCGGCGACAGUCCAGAACCGCUUUCGCUAUGCCAGCGUCACUCCGGAGACCGACCUGGACCGACUGGCGCAGGAGCACCCCUGGCUGCUCACGGAGAGGCUGGUGGUGAAGCCGGACCAGCUGAUCAAGAGGCGGGGCAAACUUGGCUUAGUGGGCGUCAACCUGGACCUGAACGGCGUCAGGGAGUGGCUCAGGACCCGCCUCAUGAAGGAGACGACGGUGGGAAAAGCCAAAGGUGUUCUCAAGAACUUCCUCAUUGAACCCUUUGUCCCUCACAAGCAGUCAGAGGAGUUCUACGUGUGCAUCUACGCCACGCGCGAAGGUGACCACAUACUGUUCCACCAUGAAGGUGGCGUGGACGUGGGCGACGUGGACUCAAAAGCCAAGAAGCUGCUGGUCGGAGUGGACGAGAAGAUUAGCGAGGGCUCGGUGAGCAAGCAGUUGCUUGCCCAAGUCCCCAACGACAAGAGGCUGGUCCUGGCCCAAUUCAUCGUUGGUCUUUUCAAUCUAUAUGAAGACCUGUUCUUCACAUACUUGGAGAUCAAUCCACUAGUGGUUACGAAAGAUGGCGUCUACGUGCUGGACAUGGCGGCGAAGAUUGACGCCACGGCGGACUACAUUUGCAAGGCCAAGUGGGGGGAUGUGGAGUUCCCGCCACCUUUUGGCAGGGAGGCAUACCCUGAGGAGGCCUACAUUGCCGACCUGGACGCCAAGAGCGGCGCCAGCCUCAAGCUGACCCUGCUCAACCCGCAGGGCCGGAUCUGGACCAUGGUGGCAGGCGGUGGAGCCUCCGUCGUGUACAGCGACACCAUCUGCGACCUGGGUGGCGUGGACGAGCUAGCCAACUAUGGCGAGUACUCGGGGGCGCCGAGCGAGCAGCAGACGUACGACUACGCUAAGACCAUCCUCUCGCUCAUGACGAGAGAAAAGCACCCUGAUGGUAAAGUCUUGAUCAUCGGAGGGAGCAUUGCCAACUUCACAAAUGUGGCGGCGACGUUCAAGGGUAUUGUGCGAGCGAUCCGAGACUACCAGGUACCUCUCAAGGAGCACGAAGUGACUAUUUUUGUCCGGCGUGGGGGUCCAAAUUACCAAGAAGGUCUGCGGGUGAUGGGAGAAGUCGGCAAGACCACUGGGAUCCCCAUCCAUGUCUUUGGCACCGAGACCCACAUGACGGCCAUUGUAGGCAUGGCGCUGGGUCACCGGCCCAUCCCUAACCAGCCUCCUGUCGCUGCCCACACAGCCAACUUCCUGCUCAACUCCAGCGGCAGCACAUCGACUCCGGCAUCUUCUCGCACAGCCUCCUUCUCCGAGAACAGAUGCAAAGUUGAUGGCUCCCCGGCAAAGAAAGCCAAAUGUGCAGCUCCCGUCGUCAAGGCGACCACGCUGUUCAGCAAGCAGACCAAAUCCAUCGUGUGGGGCAUGCAGACGCGGGCCGUGCAGGGCAUGUUGGAUUUUGACUACGUCUGUUCCAGGGACGAUCCCUCCGUGGCGGCCAUGGUUUACCCUUUCACAGGCGACCACAAGCAGAAGUUCUACUGGGGUCAUAAAGAGAUCCUCCUACCGGUGUACAAGAACAUGGGCGAGGCCAUGAAGAAGCACCCGGACGUGGACGUGCUCAUCAGUUUCGCGUCCCUACGCUCGGCGUUCGACAGCACCAUGGAGACCAUGCAGUAUCCGCAGAUUCAUACCAUCGCCAUCAUAGCCGAGGGGAUCCCCGAAGCGCACACCAGGAAGAUUAUUAAGACCGCUGAUGAGAAGGGUAUCACCAUUAUCGGACCUGCGACUGUGGGUGGCAUCAAGCCGGGCUGCUUUAAGAUUGGCAACACCGGGGGCAUGCUGGACAACAUCCUGGCCUCCAAACUGUACCGGCCAGGCAGCGUGGCAUAUGUGUCGCGAUCGGGCGGCAUGUCCAACGAGCUCAACAACAUUAUUUCGCGCACCACCGAUGGCGUUUUUGAAGGCGUGGCUAUCGGCGGGGACAGGUAUCCAGGCUCCGUGUUCACCGAUCACGUGCUGCGCUAUCAGGACACCCCUGGAGUGAAGAUGAUUGUUGUGCUGGGCGAGAUCGGCGGCACAGAGGAGUACAAGAUCUGCCAUGCCAUCAAAGAAGGCAGGAUCACCAAGCCCGUGGUGUGCUGGUGCAUCGGAACUUGCGCCACCAUGUUCGCUUCAGAGGUCCAGUUUGGCCAUGCGGGAGCGUGUGCCAACCAGGCUGCAGAGACGGCAGUGGCUAAGAACAAAGCUCUGAAGGAGGCUGGUGCUUUUGUGCCAAAGAGCUUUGAUGAGCUUGGCGAGAUCAUUAAGUCUGUGUAUGAUGACCUCGUGGCUAACGGAGUCAUCCAACCAGCGCCGGAGCAACCCCCUCCCACUGUGCCAAUGGAUUAUUCCUGGGCACGAGAGCUGGGUCUGAUCCGCAAACCCGCAUCGUUUAUGACGAGCAUCUGCGAUGAGAGGGGGCAAGAGCUUAUCUACGCCGGCAUGACCAUCACGGAGGUCUUUAAAUCAGAAAUUGGUCUGGGAGGCACUCUAGGUCUUCUGUGGUUUCAGAGGAGGCUGCCCAGAUACGCCUGCCAGUUCAUCGAGAUGUGUCUCAUGGUGACCGCAGAUCACGGUCCUGCCGUCUCUGGCGCUCACAACACCAUUGUGUGUGCCCGUGCGGGCAAAGAUUUGAUUUCUAGUCUCACCUCUGGCCUGCUCACCAUUGGUGAUCGCUUUGGAGGCGCCUUGGACGCCGCAGCCAAGCAGUUCAGCAAGGCCUUCGACAGCGGCAUGCUGCCUAUGGAGUUUGUCAACAAGAUGAAGAAGGACGGGCAACUUAUCAUGGGCAUCGGCCACAGGGUCAAGUCCAUUAAUAAUCCUGACAUGCGAGUCCAGAUUUUGAAGGAUUUUGUGAAGCAGCACUUCCCCUCCACACAGUUGCUAGAUUAUGCGCUUGAUGUGGAGAAGAUCACCACUUCAAAAAAGCCCAACUUGAUACUGAAUGUUGAUGGCUUCAUCGGCGUGGCUUUCGUGGACCUGCUCAGAACCUGUGGUGGAUUUACCAGAGAUGAAGCAGACGAGUUUGUGGAAAUUGGCGCUCUCAACGGCAUUUUUGUCCUGGGUCGCAGCAUGGGAUUCAUUGGACACUACCUGGAUCAGAAGCGGCUGAGGCAGGGUCUCUAUCGUCACCCGUGGGAUGAUAUCUCCUACGUUCUCCCGGAACACAUGUCCAUGUAGGGCCCUGAUAUGGCAUAUUUCAUCAAUAUGUUACUGUUCAUGUCACAAUCUACCGCCGGACAGUAGCAAAAACAUGCACCGCUGUGAAAAUCCUCUCAGACGUGAAAAGUUUUUCACAGGUGAGAAGUUCCAAUGAUGUUCUCAUGUCUCCAUGCAGCUCUAUUUUGUGUGCCAUUUCUUGAGCUUCAUUGUCUUGAGCUUGUUACACAGGGUGACCGUGUAGUAGUGCAAUAAUGUGAAAAUAAACUGUAGAUGAUAGACUUAUUUAUGUAUACUUGUGUAGCUGAACUAAUGAAGAAGCUGUUUUAAUUUUCCAUCGUGUCCUGUUUUGGCUGUUUGUCGAUUAAGGGACCAUUUAUAUGUCAUUCCCAUGCAGUGAUGUAAAAUAAUGGCACUACAUAAUACGCUACUAGAAUAAUAUCAUUAGAGCAAUAAAAUGCUACCAAUUAUUACUUCCAAAAUGUUUUAGAUUAGGUAUUUGGGAUAACUAUAACAAUGACCUCACUCAUGUUGUUGCAAUACUUGUGCGUGAAUUCACUGUGCCUCCAACUCUACUGUUUGUCAACACUUGUGUAAUUAAAAGUGUGUUCUGUGUGUCUGCCCUCUUUCUGGUCCAAAUCUAGUUUGUCUAGGAGCGGAUGAAUAAAUGUUUGUUAAAAACUAUGAAAGAAUAGAAUAGAAAGAUUUAAUUGUCAUUGACAUUGUACAGAUACCCCACCAGAACAAGAUAUGUUUUUUUAUGACGCCACUCCUCUGUUAUUCUGGCUGUCUGCUUCGGGCCAUUGUCAUGUUGGAAGACCCAGUCACGACCAAUUUUCAGUGCUCUAACUGAGGGAAGGAGGUAAUUCCCCAAAAUCUCAGAAUGCAUGGCCCUGGUCAUCCUCUCCUUAAUACAGUAGAAUCGUCCAGUCCCAUGUGCAGAAAAACAACCACAAAGCACAAUGCUACCACCCCCUUGCUUCACAGUAGGGAUGGUGUUCUUGGGAUGGUAAUGAUUAAUUUUCUUCCUCCAAACACUAUGAGUGGAAAGAUCACCAAAAAGUUCCGAAAAUAGAAAAUCUGCAAAGUAGAGGCAGAGCUUAUUUACAUUAAAGAUUUUUUUUCCUUUUUUUUUUGUGGGUGUGUUCAAUGU